AUGAUCAAUGAAAAGGGUCCCUCUACUUUGAGUUCUUCAUCAGGUAAUGAUCAAAAUAUUUCACCUCCUGUUCAAAUACCUCUGCAAACUAAUCACCAUGCAGCUCCAUUACCUACAAGUCGGCCUGUGACUCGAUCAAAAAACAACAUUUUCAAGCCAAAAAAAGUUUUUCAAGUUACGAAGUACCCCUUGGCAGAAAAUGUUAAACCCUCCAAUGUCAAAGAAGCCAUGAAACAUGAAUAUUGGAGGAAAGUCAUCUAUGCAGAGUUUGAAGCUUUACUAAGAAAUGGAACAUGGUCCCUUGUCCCACCUCCAAAAGACACCAGCAUUGUGGGAUGCAAAUGGUUGUUUCGCAUCAAAAGGCAUGCCGACGACUCUCUUGCUCGCUAUAAAGCUCGCCUUGUUGCAAAAGGCUUUACUCAAUGUCAUGGAGUAGACUUUCAUGAAACUUUUGCUUCGGUGGUUAGACCUCAAACAAUCAAAAUCAUCCUUAAUCUUGCUCUAGAACACAAAUGA